CACUGUAUUGUGAGGGGUACGGUGGAGCGCAGGAGGAGGGGGGGUUGAAUUGGUAAAAUUCUCCCGAUAGGGUACACAUCCGGAGUCUCGACGAUCACAAUUUAUCGCACCUUUUACCUUUCGAGAGCCCGAGUUUUAUUGUUUUUAGUAAUUUAUUCUAUUUUCCUCUUAGUUUAUGGUUUACACUCUGGGAGGGCAGAAAUGGCGGCCAACAUGUACCGGGUCGGAGAUUAUGUAUUCUUUGAGAACUCCUCCAGUAACCCUUACCUGAUCCGUCGGAUAGAAGAACUCAACAAGACCGCCAGUGGGAAUGUGGAGGCCAAGGUGGUUUGUUUCUACAGAAGGAGAGACAUCUCCCACAGCCUCAUCCAGCUUGCAGAUAAACAUGCAAAGGAGUUGGAAGAGGAGAAGGAGAACCCAACAGAGACAGAGCUAACAGAAAAACAGAAACACCAGCUUCGCCACAGAGAGCUCUUCCUCUCCCGGCAGUAUGAGAGUCUACCAGCGACACAUAUCAGGGGGAAGUGCAGUGUCGCAUUAUUGAACGAGACUGAAGCCGUUCUUUCAUACCUUGACAAAGAGGAUACCUUCUUCUACUCGCUGGUGUACGACCCGACGCAGAAGACUCUCCUGGCCGACAAAGGAGAGAUCAGAGUGGGGCCGCGCUUUCAGGCAGACGUGCCUGAAAUGUUACAAGAAGGUGAAGCAGAUGACCGGGACCAGGCCAAACUAGAAGAGAAGCUGUGGGAUCCAGAGUGUCCACUUACCAACAAACAGAUAGACCAAUUCCUAGUGGUGGCGCGGGCGGUGGGGACCUUUGCCCGAGCGUUGGACUGCAGCAGCUCAGUCAGACAGCCGAGCUUACACAUGAGUGCAGCCGCAGCCUCGCGAGAUAUCACACUGUUCCACGCGAUGGACACGCUGCAUCGUCAUAAUUACGAUCUGUCCAGCGCGCUGAGUGUACUGGUCCCAGCGGGCGGCCCAGUGCUCUGCAGGGAUGAGAUGGAGGAGUGGAGCGCCUCGGAAGCGGCCAUGUUUGAAGAGGCACUAGAGAAAUAUGGGAAAGACUUCAACGACAUCCGACAAGACUUUCUGCCAUGGAAGUCUCUGACCAGUAUCAUAGAGUACUACUACAUGUGGAAGACCACAGACAGAUAUGUGCAACAGAAGAGACUGAAGGCAGCAGAGGCAGAAAGCAAACUGAAGCAGGUUUAUAUCCCCACAUAUAACAAACCCAACCCCAACCAGAUCUCAAUGACCAAUGGCAAGAUGGCGACAGUGAACGGAGCGGGCCCCGGGGCCUACCAUGCAGCGGGCGGGGGCAGAGCCUGCGAGAGCUGCUACACCAUGCAGUCGGCCCAGUGGUACUCAUGGGGGCCUCCAAACAUGCAGUGCCGCCUGUGCGUUUCCUGCUGGAUGUACUGGAAGAAGUACGGCGGCCUGAAGAUGCCGAGCAGAGCCGAGGGCCCGGAGGAGAGGACCUCCCCCAGUCCAGCAAGCAACGAGUCUCGCUCACGGGGUCACGCUCCUCGCCAGUCCAACCACAUGGUGCCGAUGCGAAACAGCGGCAGCCCCAAGUCCUCCAUGAAGACCAAGCAGGCCUUCCUGCUGCAGGCCACCCGCCUCACCAAGCUGGCCCGGCACAUGUGCCGUGACAUCAUCAGGCUGCGCCGCGCUGCGCGCCGGCCCUUUGUCCCCAUUAACUGUGGGGCCAUAAAGGCAGAGUGUAAGAGCUCUUUCAAUUCCUCCUAACUUCUGCCACAUGGACGCACACACAACACACAUCUGCAGACAAAACACAGCAACACACACACACACACACACACUCACCACCCCUCACCUGUCCUCACCCCG